AUGCUGGACCACUCGCCCUUCGCCGCGCACCUUGGGACGAACUAUGCCCCCAAUGAAGCCGAGCGAGACCAGAUACGCGCUCUGCUCGUCGACCCCGACCGCGAGCUGGGACAGAUCGACGCGGCCAUUGGGCGACUGAGGGAGCAGAUCGCGGAGCUCGAGACGGCUCGUGCCCCGCUGGCAGCGAAAGUGGACGCACACCGGGAGCUUUUGUCCCCUGUCCGACAGAUUCCAGACGAGGUGCUGGGGGAUAUCUUCAUCGCCUGCCUCCCGCCCACGCACAAUGCCCUCGUCCAUCCCAAGGAGGCGCCGCUGAUGUUCAGACUGAUCUGUCAUCGCUGGCGUGCGGUGGCACUAUCGACUCCGGGCUUGUGGAGCUCGAUGAACCUCCCAAUCUGCAUCAACUACAAGUCGUAUGACGCCCCCUUGCUCAGUGUGGCCGAGCCCUGGCUCAAACGGGCCGGAGAGCUUCCGUUGUCAAUCUCGUUGACGACAUCCCCGUUCGACUCGAUGACAUCGGAGCCCGAACAGUUCCAGGUCAUCCAGUCCAUUGGGGAUCAAGCCCGCAGGAUCGUGUCGUUCCUGGCGCGCGCGCAUGUCGGGCAGAUCCGGUCGAUUCUGACGGCGGAGCUGCCUCGACUGCAGGAGUUAGCGCUGCUCUGCCCGUCGAGCGACAGCCCCGAGGAUCGAUUCGACCGCUUCCAGUGGCUCGCGCGCGCUCCGAAGCUCACGCGGGUCUCUCUGUACAUCACGUCUGACGGACUGAGUCUCCCGCUGAACUGGGGCGCGCUGACGGUGCUCAACCUGACCUGCUUCCCCGGCGGGCCGGCGCGCGGUCUGGAUCUGACGAGCGCGUGGGCGGUGCUCCAGAGCUGCCCCCGCCUCGUGCGCUGCAAUCUCCGCACGACGCAGACCGAAUCGGCGCAGCCGGUGCUGCCCGACUCGCCUGUUGUGCUGUCUCAGCUGCGCAACCUGAGCAUAGCGGGCGACUUCCAGCCGGCGGACUUCAUCCGGCCCUUGAUCAUGCCGCAGCUGCAUAUGCUCGGAUUGGGUUGGAAUCUCCAUGACUGGUAUAAGACGGCUGUCCGGGGCACCGGGAGCGGCGGAGAGUUCGUGCUGCAUCUAAGAGACGAUCUCGAUGCCGCACAGCUGACUCGCGUCCUGCCUCUGAUCCCACCGGUCACGCGGAUCGAGAUGUUUGCGUAUAACAGCGAUCAGCUGGAGGCCAUUUCGACUUCCUCCAUGCUCCAAGCGCUGUCCAGCGUCGAUUUCGGGGACCGGGUGAAUGCAGAACAGAUUGAGACAUUUACGGUCCAAAGAUACGCGGCAGGCCAUCCGCUGAAAACAAUAAAAGCCAUCCUCAACAGCGAAAACACCAUCACAACACUGCGAGCGCAGUUGCAGGAACUCAUCGAGACGGGGUUGGAGCUGCAAUUGACAUGCGAGGGGCGCAGAUAUCGUAGGAUCGCGUAUGACCCCAAGGACGGCAUCUCUCUGGCAUCUCUCUGA